AUGCUGCUCACCAAAGUUGUAGAUUUGAUAACUGGACGACCGACUUUUUUCUCCUUCGAUCCCAUCACCGGAGUUCCUGCCUCUCUCCAUCUGUCUGCUGAGGCCGCCCUUCAAUCACCUCUUACUACUGGAUCGAGCCACUUUUUACUUGAACCCUCCAGCCUACCUUCUCGUCUUCUACAGGCCGUACUGAUGCCAGGCCCUGUAUACGAAGAGGCAAAGUACAUCCGUCCUAUCCUCUUACUGGACGGCGAUGCUAAGGUCUUUACCUUUUAUAAUAAAUAUUAA